AUGACUGCCCAAGAGUGCCAGAUUAGCAUCGUGGCUAACGCCGUCGUGGGCAUCUGUAACUGUGCAUCGACGCCAGGUGAGCCAGUUGAUGGGGGAUGGAGCUCAUGGAGUGAGACGCUGGUUUCCGAGUGUACAGCCACGUGCGGAGGGGGUACGGAGGUCUUCUCGUUGAGCCGGCAAUGUAACAACCCCACCCCUGCAAACGGAGGCAGGGCUUGCGAGGGACAGGCAACCGGCACCAGGACCGACACUUGCAAUACUCAAGCUUGUAUUAAUGAUGGUAACUGGGGGCCGUGGGGAGCCGAGGUUGCCGUGUCGACCUGCAAUGCUACCUGUGGGGGUGGACAGAUGAUAUUCCGUAGGACACGUUCAUGUAACAACCCCGCCCCGUCACCUGGGGGUCAGGACUGUGUGGGAUCGGCGACACUUGACGUCAGCAGGACCUGUAACGAACAAGGAUGUCCAAAUGAUGGUAACUGGGGGCCGUGGGGAGCCGAGGUUGCCGUGUCGACCUGCAAUGCUACCUGUGGGGGUGGACAGAUGAUAUUCCGUAGGACACGUUCAUGUAACAACCCCGCCCCGUCACCUGGGGGUCAGGACUGUGUGGGAUCGGCGACACUUGACGUCAGCAGGACCUGCAACGAACAAGGAUGUCCAAAUGAUGGUAACUGGGGGCCGUGGGGAGCCGAGGUUGCCGUGUCGACCUGCAAUGCUACCUGUGGGGGUGGACAGAUGGUAUUCCGUAGGACACGUUCGUGUAACAACCCCGCCCCGUCAUCUGGGGGUCAGGACUGUGUGGGAUCGGCGACACUUGACGUCAUCAGAACCUGCAACGAACAAGGAUGUCCAAUGGUUCAGAAUGGUGGGUGGUCGCCCUGGGUCGAUGUCCCUGUAACUGAGUGCACAGCACCAUGUGGAGGAGGACGACAAAACGUCACCAGGCAACGCACGUGCACUAACCCACCACCAGUCAACGGACUACCGUGCGACGGAUCUGACACAGGACUAACCUUUGAGAAGGCUUGCAACGCUGAAGACGCACAGAUCUGCCAACAGGAAGCCUGUUUGACAAGUCGGGUAGUCGGCGGAAUCGACGUGGACCCGCCCUGCAAGUACCCAUUCACUGUCGGACUGCGCCGGUUCGGAGCCGCCUCCUGCGGGGGAAGUCUGAUUGGACCCAACAAAGUCCUUACUGCGGCUCACUGUGUGGUAGGCCUUCAAGCUAGUGCUCUGUCGGUAGAGGUGGGCAAGCAUUGUUCUAGCACCAUAGGCAGUGCCAGCUACAACUCCCGCAACCCCAACAUGGAGGUCAUGGAAGUAGAGGAGUUCGUCAUCCAUCCCAACUUUAACGCGGGAGGCGCACUGUUUUUCGAUGUUGCUGUCUUGAAACUAAAGAAAGAUGUCAUCACAACAAAAUGUCGUCAAAUUGUUCAAAUGGCGCCCUCGUCUCAGGUGACGCAGACUGGGAGGACGUGCACUGUGAUUGGAUGGGGAACCCUUUCCUACAAUGGAGUCUCUGCCAGCGUUCUUCAAGAAGUAGACCUGGAGCUGUACGACUCUGAAGACUGCCGUACCACCUUUACCUCCACCGCCUCUGCAGUUGAUAACAACAUCAUUUGUGCUGCCAAUGGUGUUAGUGGCGGAGAGGACGCAUGUCGGGGCGACUCCGGCAGCCUUUUAAUCUGUCAGGAUAACAACGAGUGGGUCCAGUACGGAAUCGUCUCCAGUGGGUUUGAAUGCGCCAGGCCCAAUCAGGCUGGACUCUACACAGAAGUGGCUGCCUUCAGGACGUGGAUCGACAGCCAGUUUGUGUAGAGGGGCUUCUUUCGGAACACACUAGUCACACCAUUUCAAAUGAAAACAGACGAUGCGUUCCGAUUGACAAGGAAUACAUCGUUACUCCUGCCCAGCAACUGGUUAAAUGGUACAUAAAAUGGAUAUGAAGCAGUGAUAUUGCAAGCACUAGACAUUUGGUGUAAACCUUCUGGAGAGAACAGAUGUGAAGAAAUAGUUACUAAGAUAUGAAUUUGAAUAUAUAAGUGAUCUGUAUUAAUUCCACUUCGCAAUAUAUAACAAAUAUGUAUACGAGACUUCCAGUGAUUAAUUAAACGCUUUUCAACGUCAAUCGCGUUAGCGUCACGAUCAGUUACUCCGACAUCUCUCUACGUGAAGGUUGAACCGCCCCUCCAACCAGUAUCAUCAGGAGAACUCUCAAAUCAGAUUAUCUGCGUCUAGGUUUGAAGUUCUCGUUUCGAGUGAGCAAAACAAUCAGACCAGUUAACUUUAUGCAUCUCGAACGUGAAGUUAAGCAGCCAUUUCGGUUAAGCUAUAAGUUUACGUCAUUAUGUUUUAAAAUCCGGUCGUUUCUGAGCGCCAUCUACACAAAAGCAUCCUUCCAUUUCAUCUGUGCUGCUAAAGUUCGCUCACGGUUCUCCUGACAUGACCUAUUGGGGUUUUGGUUUUGGUUAAAGGGUACCUCACGUGAAGAGGUGAAAACGGAGCCAAAAAUUGACGAGAAUUUAUUCCGAUUGUGUCAACAUAAAACUGGUUAUCGCCAAAUGUCUAUGUUCUAGAACCAAGUCUUUCAACAUUAUAUAAUAACUUCGUCGUCGGGAGAAUUAUUUUGUAAAAAUGUAUGUUUUUCUACAAAGUAAUAAACAUAGUUAGGUCACAUGAUGUGAUGACUUAGGUCACAUAUGCUGACUCCCAUUCAGUAAUGAAUAUUCAUGAAUACAAAUUAAAGUACUGAACUGUAAUGGGUGUCGGUUCUGUGACACUGACAAAUUAGAGUGUCGGUAUCAUUUUGGGGGAAAGGAUCAAGAAGAACUGUUGACCGGCACUUGGGUGAUUGGAAUUGAUUUUGUAGUGAAAGGCAUUUUUCAAGACGACUCAUGUACAUUAUAUUUCAAACGAUAAAUGCAUUAUACAUGUGAUCGGUUUUUUAAAUAAAUGUAUUACCUAAAGAUGAAUUUAUUGUGAUUUGAUAAUUCUGUCUGCUGACGAAUUACUGUCUUCAACUUUAAUAAAUGAGGUAGUAUGCAUGCA